AUGAAUUUCGACGUGCCAGCAGAGCUCACUUCCUAUCUUGAGACACUCGGCUCCUUCAUCGAAUGUACUAUUCUACCACUCCAGCGCACCGAUGACAACAACCGCUUCUUCGACCAUCGCCAGGAAUAUGCGCGCACCGACUGGACCCAGGGUGGAAUUCCGCCCAAGGAAUGGGAGGGCCUGAUUGACCAAGCGCGAGUUCUUGCAGACCGCGCCGGCUUCUACCGAUUCGCUCUUCCCCAAGUCUACGGGGGUCAGGAGCAUCCUGAUACCAAUCUCUGGAUGUCUGUCAUUCGGUUCCACUCGGCUGCACAUCCUGGGUAUGGUGGCGGCCUCGGGACAGACAAUGAUCUCCGGAAAGAACACAGUGUCGUUGGCAACUUCCCCGACAUCCUCAUGAUGCAUCACUUCGGGACUCCCGAGCAGCGCGCAUCCUUCAUUCCGCAGCGUCUUCGUGGACGUUUCCGUGUGGCCGUUGGACUCACCCAACCCGAUCAUGGUAGCGGUGCGACAUUUCUAUCGACUAGGGCGAGCCCCGUGGGGGAAGGCUUCGAGAUCACAGGACGUAAGAAGUGGCAGAUGGGUGCGCAUCAUUGCACACAUCUGAUCAUCUUUGCACGGCCGUCCGGAAGGCCCGGAUCCGCGAGGGGAAUAACGGCCUUUCUGGUAGCGCGGGAGACGCCGGGUGUCCGGGUGUCCAGCUUUGAGUGGAGUUCCCCCAUGCCCACAGACCAUGCGACGGUGGAGCUGGAGAAGGUCUGGGUGCCAGCAUCGUCGGUGUUGGGCAGGGUCGACCACGGUCUGGCCAUCGCGUAA